GCAUGAGGCCGCAGAGCGCAGAGCAGGGCUGCCGCCGCUGCCGCUGAGGAGCGGCUACAGAGUGCUAUACCUAUUACACAGCGGCAACAGGCAGGCAGGUGCGUGCAGGCACACCGCUCCUCGCUGUUCCGCGCCCACCCGCACAAGCAAGCGCCGCCACCGCCACCACCGAGAAGGAACCGCCUCGCGCCCCAGAUCUCGCCGCCAGGGGUCGCGCGAGUAGGUACAUGAGGGCGGCGCCCUUCAGUGCCGACGGGAACGGGGCGGGGACCAUAGAGGCGCUGCUUUGGCCGCACGGGAAGGGCGGCGGCGGAGGGCACCUGCUGUUGGAGCCGACGUCGGUGCUGGACUGCAGACGGAGCCCGAGCCCGCCGUACUCGACAUCGACGCUGUCUUCGUCCCUGGGCGGCGCCGCGGGGGACUCCUUUUCCGGCGUGGCGGCGGUUUCGGAGAACAGCGCCGCCGCCGCCGCCGAAGCCACCAAAUGGGCGGCGCCAGGCGAGCACGGCAGCGGCGGCGGCGGCGGCGGAAGCGGUGGGGGGAGGAAGGAGGAGUGGCCCGGCGGUGACCUACCGCCCAUACCGGGGGCCCUGGACAUCGGUUUCGUCGGGGAGGAGGGCUGGGAUGCCAUGCUCGGCGACGCCGCGGCGGCGGCCGGGCAGGACCAGACAUUCCUCAACUGGAUCAUGGCCGCGCCGGGCGACAUGGAGCCGCCGCCGCCGCCGCCGCCGCUCCUCGGUAAUGCCGCCGGCUUCGGGUUCCCGGCACCGGACCCGCUCGGGUUCUCCCUGCAGCAUCACCCCGGUGGCGGCGGCGCCUCGGCCGGGGCGCUGGCCUCCGACCUGUCGUCCCCAGGCGCAAGGUCGCUCAGCGGCAGCAGCGGUAGCGGCAGCAAGGCCACUUCCACUUUCGGCCUCCUACCAACCGAGGCGGUGCUUCAGCCGCCGCCGCCGCCGGCGGCCACGACCAUGCGUUUCCACGACGGUGCCGACAUAAAGCCCCCGCUUCUGGGAGUCCCGUCGGCAGGUCUACUUCAUCAACACCAGACGCUGCCGGCGGCCUCCUUCUUCAUGCCGCUCCCCUCCUUCCCCGACCAUCAGCACCAGCCACAUCUCCCGCCCCCGCCGAAGCGCCACCACUCUAUGCCCGACAACCUGUUCCUCCUCCAAAACCAGCUCCAGCCGCCGCCGUCGCAGGGUCUACCAUUCCCGCCACUGCAUACCACCACGCCCUUCCAGCUCCAGCCACCACUGCAACCGCCGCGGGGAGCGAUGAAAACAACCCCGGCGGCGCAGCAACAUCAACAGCUCCUGGACGAGCUUGCUGCGGCGGCAAUGGCGGCUGAGGUCGGCAACUCCAUCGGCGCGCGAGAGAUAUUGGCGCGGCUCAAUCAGCAGCUUCCCCCAAUCGGGAAGCCUUUACUCCGCUCCGCUUCCUACCUCAGGGAGGCCCUCCUCCUCGCGCUCACCGACGGCCACCAAGGCUCCACUCGCGUAACCUCCCCGCUCGACGUCGCCCUCAAGCUCGGUGCAUACAAGUCUUUCUCCGACCUCUCGCCUGUGCUCCAGUUCGCCAAUUUUACGGCCACACAGGCGCUUCUUGACGAGAUCGCCUCAACAACUUCGUCUUGUAUCCGCAUCAUUGAUUUCGACCUUGGUGUUGGCGGCCAGUGGGCUUCCUUCUUGCAGGAGCUCGCAUACCGCCGUGGAACUGGGAACGGUCCCCUGCCAAUGUUGAAGCUCACAGCCUUCGUGUCAAGUGCUUCCCACCACCCGCUUGAGCUGCAUCUUACUCGGGAGAACCUGUCGCAAUUUGCUGUGGACCUUGGCAUUCCAUUUGAGUUCACUGCCAUCAAUCUCGAUGCGUUUGAUCCCGCAGAGCUCAUUGCUCCUAGCGCCGAUGAGGUUGUCGCUGUUUGCCUCCCCGUUGGUUGCUCUGCACGCACGCCACCGCUCCCGAUGUUGCUUCAGUUGGUGAAACAGCUUGCUCCUAAGAUUGUUGUGGCUAUUGACCACGGCAGUGACCGGGGUGACCUCCCGUUUUCGCAGCACUUCAUGAAUUGCUUCCAGUCCUGUAUGUUCCUUCUCGACUCACUCGAUGCUGCUGGCACCAAUGCGGAUGCUGCCAGUAAGAUCGAGAGGUUUCUGAUCCAACCGAGAGUAGAGGAUGCAGUGCUUGGCCGUCGGAAGGCUGAAAAGGCAAUGGCUUGGCGGGCAGUUUUUACAUCGGCUGGGUUUGCUCCAGUGCCACUCAGCAACCUUGCAGAGGCACAAGCUGACUGCCUCUUGAAGCGGGUGCAGGUCCGAGGAUUCCAUGUGGAGAAGUGUGGAAUGGGUCUAGCACUGUACUGGCAGCGGGGCGAGCUCGUGUCUGUCUCGGCGUGGCGGUGCUGAUCAUAGCAACCUCAUCCGUCAACCAUCGUCGUCGUCGCGCCUACACUAUUCGCAGGCAUGUUUAACUCCGGUAAUAUGCGUUUUAUCUUGCAAACAUUGCAAAGAAACUAUUGUCAUGGUUGUUCCACGCCUCUGAUUGCUUUACUGCUGUUUUUGGAGUAUUAGCUAGGCCUAAUGAAUGUUGCAAUCUUGGUGUGGGUGUCCCCCUACAAUGUAACAUGUUGGUACUAGGGUCUCAACGCUGUUCGUGCUCUCUUCUUGGUUAGCCGGAGGCUACUUUGGCGUAUUUGUGGCAAUGGUGUUCGUUAUUUUACUAGGUAAAUCAGAUGAAGACUGACAUAUGAACUGAAAUGGUUGGGCAUUUUUUUUC